UUUAAAAAGUAUCAUGCCUGAACCAGCAAAGUCCGCGCCUAAGAAGGGCUCCAAGAAGGCCGUCACCAAGACCGCCGGUAAGGGAGGAAAGAAGCGCAAGAGGUCCAGGAAGGAGAGUUAUGCUAUCUACGUCUACAAAGUCCUGAAGCAGGUUCAUCCUGACACCGGUAUCUCUUCCAAGGCGAUGGGCAUCAUGAACUCUUUCGUCAACGACAUCUUCGAGCGCAUCGCCGGUGAGUCGUCUCGUCUCGCUCACUACAACAAGCGCUCCACCAUCACUUCUAGAGAGAUCCAGACCGCCGUGCGUCUGCUGCUGCCCGGAGAGCUGGCCAAACACGCCGUGUCCGAGGGUACCAAGGCAGUGACCAAGUACACCAGCUCCAAGUGAGGUGUGAUGUGACUUUAACCAACCUAAAGGCUCUUUUAAGAGCCAUCCAUCUCUUAGUUAAAGAGCUUUUGUUUGUAGAAUUUGUUGUAAACGGAUAUCAAGUAUCGAAAAUUGAGAUUGAAAUAAGUGGAUUUUCUAAAGUAUCUUAUAAAAUUCAAUUCGAGUUUAAUACAAAGCUAUAGUUUUCGUUGUUAUUCAGCGACAGUUACUCGUUUUUUUUUUUUUUUUUUUUUUUUCUUCGUUAUUUCGGGGGGAAAAAAGUUAAUCCAGGUAAAUUAUGGGGUUGGAAUGACGUGGAUAAAGGUUUUCAGUUUUGGACAAAUUAUUAAUUUAAAUACACAGGUGAAAUCUCAAUUUUAGCUCUCAAAAGUUCCAAAUCGUGUACUUUUAUUGCUGUUAAAGCUCUUCAAAACUUGAGCUAAUUAGUAACACUUACUACAUCAUGAGAGAUCUGCAUAUUAAUGGGAAUUAAGUUUACUAUAUGCAUUUACAAAGCAUGUGAUAUAAGGUUCAUUACUGUGGACCGGAGCAUUUGGGCAAAAGUAAGUUGAUUUCUGAUUAAUUUUAAUAGUCUACCCUAAUAAAACAGUUUAGUGAAAUUCACUUGCCAGGAGGGUGUUUUUACAAUAAAUUCUAAUCUUUCAAUCUUUGGAUUUCUCAUUGUCAGCUUAUUAUGGACUAAUGCACUGCAGCUGUCUGAAAAUGUUUUUUAAUAAAGUAUCUUCCAACUAACCUGUCAAAUGAUGAUGACUGAAGAACACUAAGGAGAACUCUGAAUAUUACACUGCUCUCAUGCAGCUAUUAUGAUGCUAACUGAAAGAAAUUAAGUUGUCAAAUAUUGGUGGUGAUAUAGCAUGAGAGGUUUUUGAGCAAUUUUAUGUAGGCCGAUCACUUUUGACCUGGAACACCACAAGUGUGAUUUUGCACCAAAUAAAAUCAUUUCAAAACAAGCUUCCUAGUUACACAUUAAAGCACAUUAGUGUGAAAAAUUGUAAAGAAUAUAUUAAUUUCAUUCAAUUUUGCCAAAAUUUCUCUUAAAUGUUUUUUUUUCAGUCAACAA